AUGGCAAGCAAACGUCGCAUAGAUCCUGCCGGAAGUGCGCCAGGAACAGCAGCAGCAGCAGUAGUUACCCGGUGGCAUUCAUUGUCGGGUGGCAUUCGGUUACUGAUGCUACCGAUUGUGCUGGGAUGGUGCAGCAGUACGCUGGUGUACGGGGCCAUGGAGGAGAUGAUGAUAGCACCGAUAGAAGUAAUCGAGGAAUGGGGCUGCUAUGACACCGAAAUACGGCUAACGUGUGGGAAUCUCGAGUCGAAAAUAGCGAUCCUUGAGGCACGGUUUACUCCACGGUGCAUGGAGGAGCGCACCGAAAACUGUGUCUACAUGGACGAGCACAGUGUUGCCCAUCCGUACGCCUCCCAGAAGGUGGACAAACUGAUACUGGAGGAAACGGAAGCCGGAAGGCGUUUCCUGGCCACACUGCGGCGAAACCACGAGCGAGAGCUUGAAGCGGCAUCGGAAGGACCCGGCACACAAGAGCUGACAGCCGGAGAGGCAGUACAUCGCAGGCAGGGUGCAACGAUUGUGGCUGCCCGUUCGCUGGCCAAGGACAAGCGAAGCUCGCUGCGGGCAACGCUCGAGCACCUGAUAGUGCGCUAUCUGCGUCGGCUAACCAGUGACGAUGAUGCGGACGGUGACGAUGGAGAUGAGCCGGGUGGGUACGAGGUGGCAGCUCGCUACCGAAGACAAUCGCUUCCGGCGACUGACUCGGCCCCAAGCGUGGUGGGAGUCCCGGCUGCACCACCGGACACGCGCUCCUCCUCUGCGCCAGGAUUCUCCAACUCGAUGGAAAUUACAUUGCUCACCAACGAUACGGACACGAACCUAACCGACUCGUGGGAAGACACGAGACGGGAGGAUGAUGGUCGGUGGGAUGAACCACCGGACAGCUCUCUGACAGCUGGGACCGGUGAAAUGGAGCCUCGAGCGUUUGUGUCGGAUGCUGCAGAAGGAUAUGGAUCUUCCGGUCCGUUGGUUGCUGGGCUGUUGGCGGGCACGAGGGAAGGUGGACACGAGGGCGAUAUGAGUGUUAGUGAGGGACGGGGAACUAGUGAUCAUGGUGAUAGUGGUGGUACCGGUGCUGCUAAUGGGGAUAGUGUGUUACGCGAUAAUGGCGAUGAGGUAGAAUAUAAUCUCCCGAUCGGUGGCAGUGUGCCAACAGUGACGGCGAACGAUGCCGACGGGCAGAAGAUGAUGGGUGAGUUGCGGAAGCAGCGAAAGCAGCAGAAACCGAAACAGCGCGGUGAGUGUGAUAGUGUGCGGAAGCGGGUAUCGCAGCUGGAUCGUUUCGAGCUGGAACGGUCGAUGCGGAAUGGCUCCUUCCGGGAGUACAACAUCCGGAAUGCACUCAACUAUCGGUGUUCCGGGAAGAACCACUGCAGCUUCAUCUUCUCGCAGGAUCACCCGUUCGCCGUCGUCUGGAAGGCAGGCACGGUCCGCAUCAAAUACAUCUGCAUGGACGACUUUCGUAUCAGCAAGUACUGCGGUGAGCAUCUGAUCGUAGGCAAUGAGGUCCACUGGGAACCGCUGGACGGUGACAGCGAGGACGACGAUUCGGCCGACGGUACCGAGGAAACCGUCGGAGAGACAGCCGGAAGUACGGGAUCCUCUUCCUGGCGGCAACGGACGCCACCGAACGAACCAUCGACUAACAACGAUGGUAUCGCUAAUGGAUCUGCUAAUGAUGUGCCCGCCGAACAAUCUUCCGGCCACGAUCCGAACGAAGGAGGCGAAGAUUUGCGGGACGAAUCUUUGGUGACGCUCCAAGAACGCCAUUAUGCUGCCGGGUCGCCGUAUCGUCGCUUGGUACGGGCCGGUGCUGCGAUGGGUGAACCACGUGCCGAAGCGCUACAGGCAGCAACAGUUCAUUCGUUUCACAAUUUGAAAAUUCUCAAACCGGUCGACGAUGAUGAAGAAGCGGCACUGGAACGACACCAGCAACAAAAGCAUUCACAGCAGCAGCAGCAGCAAUCGCCGCACCAGCAACAGCUACCGCACAACGAGACGAGCAUGGAUCGCAAUCAGCAGCAGCAGGAGGCCGAAGCGGCAACCCGCAACCGGAACCGCCAACGGCAGAAAGUUUUCUCCCAGGACUUUCGUGUGCUGAAAAUUCUACCCUCCAAUCUAGACGUGGUGGAGGACAUCAAGCAGAUUGGCAACGAGUACUACUUCAAGAAGGACGUCGAGGUCGUGAUAGACGACCGGGAAAAUGAAAUUGUCGAUAGCGAAAGCGGAAGCAAGACCGACGAUAAGGGUCAACCGGUGGCGGGCGCGUCAAACGCAACUACCACCACAGGGGACGGUGACGCUGGCGAUAUGACGGAGACGCUAGACAUUGUCGUGUUGCCUGCACCAACGAAGGACAUCGAAAUUUACGACAACGACCUCGUACCAGAUGGUGAAACGGGUAGUUCACGGCCGGACGAGGACGAUGAUGGCGAUGAUAUCAGUGUAAUUGGUUUGAUAUCGCCAACGCGAACCACGGUCACCACUUCGUCCGUGACUUCAAGAUUAUCCGUUAGCAGUAGUAGUAGUAGUACACCUUUCCCACCAACCGUGGAAACAACUCUCGGCCAUUGGGAUGUGGAUCGGUUGGAUCUUCCCGAACCGGCGGAAGAGGAAAAUCGUACUAACUUCACCGUGGACGAAGGUACUCCACCACCACCGUUCAGCUUCAACAAUCGGACAUUCCAGACAAUGCAGGAAACGGUACGAAAAGAGUUUGGUGAGAGUCAGGGCCCAUACCCACCGGUCGGUAACUAUGACGAGGAGGAAGAUGACUUCGACGAUGAAGAGGAUGAGGAUGAACGGGAUGAGCAGCCAGCUAGAGGUGGACCACGAACUUCUGGCCCGUAUGGGCGGCUCGACAAGUCACAUAAAAAGCAUAUGAGCGUGCAACGGACAUUGCUGAAGCACCCGCUUCGCCAAGGGUUCCUCAUGACGCCCAGCUAUCCAAAGUACUACAUCGGGGACAGCAUCUGCCGGUGGAUGCUCUACGCUGGAGUGCAUCAACGGAUUAAGCUUACCGUCCUGGACCUAGCGUUACGCUAUGAUGAUGAGUGUCGCGAUUAUCUGCAAGUUGUAGAUCUCAACACGAACCAGACGUUGUUUCACAGCUGCACCGAAAGCAGCCGUCCGAUCGAGAUCGUCAGCAUACAGGAGCGUCUCGAGGUGUCCGUUCGAACGACCACCAAAGUCAUCUAUCCCAAACGCGGUGUGUUGGUACAUUACACAGCGCUAGGCUGCGAAUUACCAUCACCAACGCCCGGGCACAUGCGACUGGUGCGUCGGACCGAACAUCGCGUUAAGUACGUCUGUGAUCCACUGCACGUGUUUCCCGACACUGGGGAAAGUGUUCGUGAGCUAAUUUGCACGGCCAAGCACACCUGGAACCGACCACUUCCGGCCUGCAUAGAAAAAAGAGCUACCGAAGGAAGCGGUCUAGUGUCGCAUUACGAGCAGAAGCGAAGAUACGGCGAUACGGACAACAUGUCGGAUAAGCAGGCGGAUACUGUUUACGAUAUUCUCAUUCCCUCGCUCAUCAUAGCGGGCCUGUUUGUUGUUAAUGGCAUCGUGUUUGCGGUCAUCAUGCGGUACCGCAACAAGCGAAAGCAACGCCUUGAUCUAGAGAGUAAGGAACUGGCCGAACUGUAAAAUU